AUGGAUAGAGGAGUUCUUUGGGGAGUUGGUUUAUGCAUUUUGCUAGUUGGCUAUAGAGUUGAAGUGAAAGCUUCUCAUCACCCAGCUUAUAGGAAUCUUCAGCCACUUUCAACAGAUGAUCAAGAGCAGCCUUACAGGACGACUUACCACUUCCAGCCUCUUGAAAACUGGAUGAAUGGUUUGUCUGUCCGCAAAACCUUCUCUUUUGUUUCUGUCUUUAUCUCUUUGUUGAUCCCUAUAUGCAUGCAUUUUAUUCUUCUUUCUGUUGUAUUGUUUUUGUUGUUGACAUGGUUCUUUGUUCCUGUAACUUGGACAAUGGCUGCGGUUGGUACACAGAUCCUAAUGGACCACAAGGGAGUUUACCACCUGUUUUAUCAAUACAAUCCACACGCUACUAAGGCGUUCUAUAUCUCAUGGGGUCAUUCAGUAUCAUAUAAUCUCGUUGAUUGGAUUCAGCUUGAGCUUGCACUUAACCCCUCGGAGCCUUAUGACAACAAUGACUGUUGGUCGGGCUCAACUACACUCCUUCCUGGAGAAAUACCAGUCAUUUUGUACACUGGGAUCAACCUAGAAAACCGCCAAGUCCAAAACUUGGCAGUCCCCAAGAAUCUCUCUGACCCACUGCCGAGAGAAUGGGUGAAAUCGCCCUAUAAUCCUCUAAUGACUCCUGCUGAUGGCAUUCAACCUGGUAAUUUCAGAGACCCAACAACUGCUUGGAAAGGUCCAGAAGGAUUAUGGAGGGUCAUCAUUGGGGGAUUCAUAAAUGGCAGUGGAAUGGCAAUUCUAUAUCGAAGCAAAGGCUUUGUUAGCUGGACUAAGAGUGAGAGUCCGCUCCACUCAUAUUCAAAAACUGGUAUAUGGGAGUGUCCUGAUUGUUAUCCUGUUAGUGUCAAUAGUAGAACAGGACUUGAUACCUCUGUUCGAAAUGAAUUUAGCUAGCAUGUGCUCAAGGCAAGCUUCAGUGGUCAUGACUGCUACAUUUUGGAAAAUUACACAAAACAAACAACUUGAAACACGCCCAAUAAUAAUGGGAAAUUUUAUGCUUCCAAAACAUUCCAUGACAGUGCCAAGAAAAGGAGGAUAUUGUAGGCCUGGGUGAGCAAGUCUGAUACUGAAUUAAAUGCCAUUGGAAGAGGAUGGGUCGGGAUUCAGGCAUUUCCUAGAAGCGUUUUGCUUAGUAGAACUGGAAAAUAGUUAGUGUAGUGGCCAAUCAAAGAACUAGAGAAACUACGAACUAAUAAAGUGGCUUUCAAUGAUACGGAGCUCAAGGGUGGUUCAGCUUUCGAAGUUUCAGGGAUUACAGCUUCACAGGCCGAUGUGGAAGUUUCUUUCGAUCUGCCCAAUCUGAAUGAAACUGAGUUUAUAGACCCGAAUUGGGUUGAUCCUCAAGUGCUCUGCCAAAGGGGGCAUUCUCUUACAGGCAAAGUUGGGCCAUUUGGUUUGUUGGCUUUGGCUUCUAGGGACUUGACAGAACAAACUGCAGUCUUCUUUCGCAUCUUUAGAAGGCAGGACAAAUAUCUUGUGCUCGUGUGUAGUGAUGUCAACAGGUCUUCUUUGAGGGAAGAGACUGACGACAAAACCACCUAUGGAGUAUUUAUCAAUUUGGAUCAUCGGGAAAGGAAAAUAUCAUUAAGAAGCUUGAUAGACCAUUCAGUUGUUGAAAACUUUGACACGGAUGGGAGAGCUUGCAUCACUGCCAGAGUUUAUCCAAAAUUGGCUAUUGAUAAAGAAGGCCACCUAUAUGUAUUCAACAAUGGAACUCAGAGUGUUAGAAUUUCAAGUCUUAAUGCAUGGAGCAUGAAAAGAGCUAAAAUUGUUCCCAUCUGA